AUAUGAUAAGAUGCUUUUGAAUUGUUCUUGCUCACCAACUCCGUUUGUUUCUGGGACUUUUCAGGAGGUCAGCGUGGAUUUGUAGCACAGGAAGUUGCGUGCAUUCAUGAAGAAAAUGUGCAUCUUUCUAUAGGAAUGUAGAGGCUACAAGGAGGUUAAAAAUCAUGGUGAUGCAAAUGGACUAUCCAGCACCUGUGAGACUGCCAUCCACUGCCGGAGACCUGAGGACGCCGUUCUCAGACACGGUCAAAUACUGCAUCUUGGGCAUCUCAGUCACUCUUCUUCUGCUAACACUAGUGAUCUUGGCAUGGCAGACCUUCAGAUGCUGCACACAGAGACACUCCACAUACACGCAACAAGACACCUUGAACAAUGAUCUGCAGUCGUUGGAGGAAAAGCCAGGAAUGUCAGGAAACUACUCAGGAGCUCCAAGUACUAGGGUGGAGGAUGUAAACAAAGAGGUCUAUAGGCUGUGUCGCUGUCUGUCUCAGACUUCAUUAUCCCCCUCGGAAUCCAUCCAGAGAGAGGAAGACGUGGGAGAGCAAGUUAACAUUAGAAAGAAUAUACCUGGGCUGGCUCAGGUUGAUGGAACGCUACGUUUCUCCAUCUUUUAUGACCAGCUGCAGUCCUGUCUGGUGGUCACCAUCUUGCAGGUGGAGGGGCUUAUAGAGCACAGUCAGAAGGGCAACCUCCAUCCAUUUGUUAAGAUAAGUCUCAUGUGGGCAGGUUCACAUGGAGUGGCAUUGGAGAGCUGUACGAAUGAGGAGGGCCAAGGGCCGACACCUGGGAUGUGGACAGUGCUGCAGGAGUGGCGUACUCGCAUUGUGAAAGGCAGCUGUAACCCUUUAUUUGGAGACCAGUUCAGCUGUGUUUUACAAGAAGAAAAGGAGCUGAAUAACAUCAACCUCAGGAUAGAGGUGAGGGACUUUGACAGAUUCUCAAGACACACGGUGUUAGGAGAGGUGAGGGUUCCUCUAGGGCAGCUCAACAUCUCCUACCCUCUGGAGUUACAAGAGGAUCUACAGAGACCCCAGAAGGAUCUUGUAGGAGAGGUGCUUCUGUCUUUAAAGUUCCUUCCCACUUCUCAGAGACUGGAGGUUGGACUGCUAAAAGUCAGAACAGUCCUGCCAGAAAAAUGCUCAGAUACAGCUUUGUAUGCAAGGAUCAGUGUGCAGUGCAACCACUGCAAGUUAAGGUACCAAAAAACCUCUGCCAUGACCCACUGCCUGGUGACCAUUUUCAACGAGGUCCUCAUGUUCUCCCUGCCAGAGUUUCCUCUUGAGCAAUGCAAAAUUUUAGUUUCUGUGUAUGAGACUCGCCUGACAAGGAAAUCCCCCAAACAUCUAAUUGGACAGUUGACUGUGGAAAAAGAUAGGAGUAAGGAAGACAAGCACUGGAGCUUAAUGAUGGCCUCUGUUCGCCAGCCAAUAGCAAAGUGGCACGGCCUGCUGAUUUGAAUUUCUUGUUGCUUGUAUAUCAGGCUGCAAAGGAUCAGCGCUUGCCUACCUGCAGAACAUGCAAGGACUUAUCCUGCCCACCUGGGACUCUUCAGUGGUUUGUAGACGUUUCUGCUACAAUCAGAACAGUGGAGUAACAACAUUAUUUAAAUUCAACUCAGUUUACUUGUUAACUGACCUGGCUACUUAUCCCUCUUGUUUCACUUUUUAUCUCAUCAUAUUGAAGUUACAACAAAGAUCUGACAUUUAGCCUCCUGAUUUGUGAACAAGUUUGCACUAACUGUUCUCAUGUUGUAAAUGUGCUGGUUGUUUUAUGCUGUUUUCAUUUUUUACUGUUUUUUGUGCUUGAUAAACUGCCUCCUCUGUGUUAUUGAAAUGUAUAUUGAAAGACUUUUUUUUUAUAGUAAAAGUAAAAUAACUAAUGGAACUAUCAAGACCAUACUGUAAGCAGGUCAAAACCACUUCAAAACAACCACUAGAGGGAGGCGGAGGGCUGUCUUAGCCAGGAGUCAGCCAGCACUCAAUGUAGACCCCAGCCAGAGAAUGGAAUACUAAAAUUGGCCCAAUAACAUGUACUAAGUCAAACUAACAAAACAGUACAUAAACACAAGACUUGAAAAUAGCUGACUUAUCUCGACCGGUCAACACAUGAGCAAAGGCACUGUUUGUCAACAGGCAAGGCUGGCAACUGCUUGAAGCCCCAGACCAGUUAGGUGGCCCACAAUGGCUGAUAAACUUUAACCACAGCAGUGGCUCAAAAUUAGCAAAGUUUGCAAUGACAGUUGGAAACCUCCCUAAGGGGGCCCCACCUGACAUCACUCAAUCAUAUAAUAGUAAAUGACUGAAUGAGGCUUUUCUAGCCCUCAAUAUGGGGGAGAGACACUUGAAUAAUGUAACUUAUACUAAAAAACUUUGUUGGUGUCAGAUUAUUUAACAUAAUGGGGAAGUACGCUGUUUGGAGGGGCCCCCUGUAAAUAUUUGCCUCGGGCCCCAACAGACUCUAGAAUCACCACUGCACGAGAUCCCUAUGUCAGCACACAACACAACAGUGUCUUCAGGAACAGACAGACAGACGGCAGAUGCUGAUUUAUCACCUGAGGAACAAUCCAUGUCUAAGACCAGACCAUGUACAAAUUGUACAAAUGUAGAAUGUUAGAAAAAAAUCAACACGUGCUUUAGGGAAACUGCUGUGUUUUAGUUUUAUCUCAAAUUGCAGCUUGUGUAGGGAUAUCUUUAGGGUAAAAAGUAGUGAAUAGAAUCUGAUCAUCUUUUCUUUCAAAGUGCUGUUGUACUCAGUGAUGUCAUACCUUAAAAUGAAUAAUUGCUAUAUUGUUUUUUUCAGUUUUUAAUUUUGGGCUUUUUAUGCCUUAGUUGUAGAGAUAGGAGUGGAGAGAUUCAAAAAUCAGGGAGAGAGAGUGGGGAAUGACGGGGGAAGGGAGCAAAAGGUCGGUUUUGAACCUGGGCUGCCUGCUUCGUGGACCACAGCCUCUUUAUGAGGAGCGCAUUGCAAACUAGUGCCAUGAUAAUUUCCAUGUCUUAAAAAGAGGGUCAAAUGUUAA